AUGCAGUACUAUGAGCUGUUAACUAGAAAAAAUGUGGUAACUGCAGCUACUGGGGCCGUAGCCAUCUAUCUCCUGGUCAAGACUCUCGUAGAGGUGUUCAGGAGCCCUUCCUCCAACCCAGGGAAUCUUUCAUCAAUUGGAUUUACUGUUGAGUAUCACCCGAUUCCAAGUGCAAGAGCGACCAUUCCUGGAGAACUAAAAAGGACCCUGCAGUCUCUCAAACCAAACCUAGAUGGCUCCACUAAGAAGGUGGCACUUCACACCAUCACGCAGUGCAUCUUUCUAAAGGAAUCAGAGGCUAAUUCCUGUAGUUAUGAUGAUAUAAAAUUAGUGGCGUCAUUCCUGGAUGAUCCAGAUGAAGUAAUCAAAAUAGAGGCGUUAAAUGCUCUCAAUGCUUUCACAACUAUUUGGAAGUUUAAAGUCAAAAUCCAGGAGUAUGUCCCCAAGAUCACUGAGCUGGUAGUCAACAACUGGAAUGGUAAUCUACACUUUGCUGGGCUGCGGUUGGUGAAUGGAUUGGACAUAACUGAGCAGACUCACCCAACACUGAGCAAGCUGAUACCAAACUUCAUGGAUAUUCUGCUAAUGUCAGACGCUUUGGCUAAGGUGCAGGUUCUCAAGCUUCUUAGUACAAUGGCCCAAAAGGAAGAUAUGUUGUUCAGCAUCCUGAAUUGCCAGGUACCGGCAGAAUUCUUGAGUCACUUCCAGCCUUCUCUACCUGGGAACCUGCUUUACGAGAUGUUAGUCUUUGUGGAGCGGCUUAAUGAGGGCCGCCUGACCCCACAGUACCAGUCAAUGCACAAGCAGUACAAAAGUCUUUCCCUUCACGAAAUUCUCUUUGGUGAGAAUUCUCGUCUUUCUGACAACCUGCUUGCUCUCAUCAUCCACCCUGAGGAAGAGGUACAGGUUCAGGCCUGCAAAGUCACUCUCAGCCUCCGACUCAACAAAGAGGAGAGCAGGAUCAUCAGCAGCCUCCCCUUUGGUGCCAGCAUCAGUAGCCGCCCCAAUGAGCCUGCACUCGGCAACCUCCCAUUUAGUCCCAGCAGAGUUUCCUCUCCUGCCACCAACAACGUCAUCAUUCAUACCUCCUGCAGUGGCAGCCAGUUUGAUUAUUUCGGCAACAGUUUUCAGCCCCUUCAAGGCACUGAUGACAGUAGCCGUGGCUUCUAUCCCCUUGAGAGCACUGGUGGUCAAAACAACUUCCCUGUCCCUGAUACCAGCAGUAUCAGCAGCCAUACAGCAUCAGCUACUGGCCACGCUCCUAACAGUGUCCCUGUCAGUGAUACCAGCAGUAUCAGCAGCCACACAGCAUCAGCUACUGGCCACGCUCCUAACAGUGUCCCUGUCAGUGAUACCAGCAGUAUCAGCAGCCACACAGCAUCAGCUACUGGCCAUGCUCCUAACAGUUUCCCUGUCAGUGAUACCAGCAGUAUCAGCAGCCACACAGCAUCAGUUACUGGCCACUCUCCUAACAGAGUCCCUGUUCGUGAUACCAGCAGUAUCAGCAGCCACACAGCAUCAACUACUGGCCACGCUUCCAACAGUGUCCCUGUCCGUGAUACCAGCAGUAUCAGCAGUCACACAGCAUCAGUUAUUGGCCAUGCUCCUAGCAGUGUCCAUGUCCUUGAUACCAGCAGUAUUAGUAGCCACACAGCAUCAGCUAUUGGCCAUGCUCCUAACAGUGUCCCUGUCUGUGAUACCAGCAGUAUUAGCAGCCACACAGCAUCAGUUAUUGGCCACACUGCUAACAGUGUCCCUGUCCGUGAUACCAGCAGUAUCAGCAGCCACACAGCAUCAACUACUGGCCACACUCCUAAUAGUGUCCCUGUCCGUGAUACCAGCAGUAUCAGCAGCCACCCAGCAUCAGCUAUUGGCCACACUCCUAGCAGUGUCUCUGUACGUGAUCCCAUGGAUAGUUUCCAUGCUGUUGCAAAUGCUUUCUCAGAUGAAGAUGACGGCAACUGCUAG